UGCCUUCAGAUGCUUUUUGGCUGCUAACGCUAUCGGUUCUUCAAAUAAUUUUCUGUGUUUCUUCUCAAAAAAUUCGAGUUCUGAGAAAAAAAUUUAAAAAUAAAAUAUACAGUUUAGAGUAACGGGGUUCUCUAUAUUGUGUUCUUAUAUAUGUAUUGUAUUAUCCUUGUUAACUUAUUUAAAGUGUGACCCCUUUGGGAAUUUUGCCAAUUAGUUAUAGUGGUUGUUCUGUGAACCAAACAUAAAAAAAAUAAAUUAAUAAAUAAAAAUUAUAUCCUAAAUAAUCAGGAUAUAUGGUCAACUAAAUUGAAAGACCAAGCUAAAGGAAGAAAAAAUAUUUAUUGUACUGCAGAAAAAACUGCUCCUUGUGUGUGUUCAUUUUUAUUCUACUUUUUUUUUUCAAGUCCCAAGUGUAUAUGUGCGUGUGUCUUACUGUGCCAAAAUAAGAAGAAAAAAAUAAAAAAAAAAUAAUUCAUUGACGAUGUCUCGAGUAAGGAUGAGAACAUCAACGACAAACAUGAAAAAGUCCUGGGAAUACUGGACGGUUCUUCUCUUGGGAUUAUUUUAUAUUGCAACCAAAUGCGAUGCUCGUGCGGUAAAUGUCAGUAACUCAUGGACAAUGCCACAAGAAGGACUCAAUGUGUUUUAUCGGUUUUUUAGAGACCGAAUAUCUUGGUUUGAAGCAGAUGCUGUUUGUCAAUUUCAUCAUGCAUAUUUAGUUACCGUUGACAACAGUUUUCAAUUUGAUGCAACACGAGACCUUUUAAGGGAAUUGGAUGUGAACGACAUUGUCUGGAUUGGACUUAUGAGACCGCAGAGUUCGGAACGUUUUAUGUGGUCAAACUCCAAAGUUUUAGCUGCCAACACUGGAUACUGGGCUGAAUCUUUACCAUUAAUGGAGUCACCAUUAUGUGCUGUUAUUGAUCCAAUUCGUGACUAUCGUUGGCAUGCUCUUAGAUGUGGUGGCCCAGAGACAGCAUCAUUCCUCUGUGAAAUGCCAGUUCCUGCGUGGGCCGAGUCAUGCAUCCUAAAGGACUUACCCUCUUUAACUAUGCAAUACAUGGCAGAUACAGCUAGCAUUGAAUUAAUUCGCAACUGUGGCGAGGAGGGACUCAUAAGGCAGAUAUGCCGUGGCAAACAGGACCGUGAAAAAAUUAUGCGCGAGCUAAUUUGCCCUCGGGAACGUCUGGAAUCAAAGAAGCUAAGUGACAUCACCAACUCUCACUUCAAAUCCUUGCAAAUUAUUCGUGGCAUCUCUACCGACAACAAUGAGAACAACGACAUCGAAAUGAUUCCUGUGAAAAUUCCCACCGACUCUACCGAUGAACAACCACAAACCGAAAAAAACACUGUUCAAAAGCUCAUUGAACAAUUCAAUGUUGACGAAUUAAUGCAGGCCGAUCAACCAUCCGGCCGUAUUCCCGGAGAAAUUCCCAUGCCCGUCAAAAAGUCAGCUAAGAAAAUUGUAGUUGCAAUGCAACAAAAGAAACCUACACCUGCCCCCAAAAAGUCAAACAAUCGAGGCAACCAAAAGGAUACCGAACUCGAUGAUAUGAUGAUGGCUGACCAACCCAUUCCGGAUGAUGCAUCGAAUGAGGUCCUCGAACCACUGCCACACAUCAAAAAAGUCCUUCCUCAAGACUUGAUGAAAAAAAUUCCAACCAUUAAAAGUACAACAAUUGUGGAACCCGCUACCACAACCACAUCGACAACAGUGGCUGUGGAACACCAUCGUGUAGAUGAGACUUCGACCGCAAUGCCAACGGCGGCAGCGGUCCACACAUCAUCUGAACCAUCUGCAUUGCUCGUCGACGGAACCACAUCCGAGCUCAUGUUCACAUCCGGUGAUCCUUCUACCUCCUCGCCAAGUCCAUUAAUGACCACAACCGUCAGCGGUAUAGUUCCUGCCACUCAACCAGCUACCAUUGGUCAUCCGAUGCACCCUCAACAGCAGCGGACCAAUGUCAUCACCGAGGAGGCAAAUCAUCCUCAUGUUAAAGAAACAAAUGAUAAUCAUUUCAUACCGCCAAUGUUGCUGGUAAAGUCUCACUAUGUGCCACCUUCAAAAGAACAUCCUCAUGUUGCAUCCACAUCAGACGAGAGUGAUGUUGAAACCGCAGGAACUACAAUUGAAAACUUACACCAAUUGGAAGAUUCAAGCGUGCAGCUUUCGAAUGCAGACACCGUUGCACCACAAACAACAGAGGUGGUAACCAUAAAAGUGCUAGACAAGGAAUCACCUGCUACUGCUGCAAACUCAUCGGAAAUUCAAUUACAGGUCACUACGACCGCUCGAGCUGAAAUAACCACACAAGAUGCUUCAAUAGCUUUCCAGACCCAAUCCCAUACAAUGAAACCUGCCACAACACCAGCAUCAGAAUCUGAAUCUGAAUCCGAUUCGGAACCUGUGGCAACGACAACUUUUCCAGCCGAAAAAAUUACGGAACUCGUUAUACCGACAACCGGCAACGGCGGCGGCAGAGCAGCCAACUCUUUCCCCACUCAAACUCUUCCAUCAUCAUCAUCAUCAUCAUCAGACUCAGUGCUGCAUCAGAAUGACGUGACUUCAUCGUCGUCGCAGGCUCCUCUUGUCCACACCAUCGAUGAUACACAAACAGAAGAAGGACUGAUGGUAACAGAAAAAACAGCAGACCAACUACCACAACAAUCAACACCAUUUGUCGCCAGCAGCAGCAGCAGCAGUAACACUGGUGACAGCAUGUCUCCCCCAUUACCAGUUCUUCCCAUCUCAACUUCCACUGAAAAUUCCGGAAUUAUUUCUUUGACUACGGCAACCACAACUCUGGCCCAACAACAACAACAACAACAUGAUGAGCCCCAUCCAACGAGAAACUUCCUUAACGAAGAAACCUACCCCCCAUUUAAGCCAAACCGUAGACGCUCCCUCACCAAACCAGAUACCCCGAGCUAUUUCAAGAAGAUUCUAGGAUAAUCAUCUGGGAUGUAAAAAGUUUCCGCACUUUCGUCCCUUCUUCGAGGCGAACGCAAACAGACAAACUAUGUUGAUUCCUUUUUUUGUUAAAUUUUUUUUGUGUGUUGUUUUCAUUGUUUGUGUCUGUGUGUGUGUAAUAUUGGAAAAAGGGGUGGAGGGGGUUCGAAGGGGUAGUAAGAAUUUUAUGUGAAAAUUUGUCAACCUGCUUUUUAUUACCUGCAUAGCAUUCAUUCCUUCUGCAUCCUUUCAACAUUCUUCCUUUUCCUCUAAUCCUCUGUUCCCCUGCUCACUCUGAAACAAGAACACAAAAAAAACUUAAACAUAAACAUCGUUCUUGAUGGUGAAAAAGAUGUCGAGCCACAAAUGAGACACAGGGGGCAAUAUAAACCCCACAGGGUACAGUUAGAAAAGUUUUCUACUUUUCUGUGUGUGUUUUCCUUGUUUUUUUUUUUUUGUUUUCAAAAAUUGUUUUUCAUUUUAUUACCUUUUUUCUUUCUUUCUUUUUCUGUUGUAUAUUUGGAAAAAAAAAUAAGGAAGGAAGUUAGAGGACGAUGAUGUUAAAGGAAGUUAGUCCCGUUGCCAAAACAGAAAAAAUGUAUGACAACCAAAAAAAAUAAAAAUAAACAAAA